ACGAGGAAGAGGACAGCUGCACUCAGCCUGCAGCCGCCCCUCACCCACCCCCGCACUCUCAAGGAAGCCCCCGCCCUCGCCUGCCGCGGCCUGCUGCGGACACUCACCUGCGCCCUACGCUCUGCUGAGAAGACGGAAAGUCGUGGAGGAGUGGAGGCCAUGAUGUGGGAAGUUUACGGCGCGGAAGACUUAGCAAGGCACAGCAAGGCAAGGCAGCGAGGAGCGUUCGACGAAAGUGAAGCGCCGAGUCUUGUAGGGACAGAUGGCGCUGUGCCGCGGGUCUGGCUGGCCACGUGCAGAUGACGCAACUGUUUGGUGUGGAGUGGACGGGCAGACGGACAGACCAGCCACGUGUUUGGUGCGAUGAACGUUUAUUUUGUCGGUGUUCUGAUGGUGAACGUUCAGGAUUGCGCAGCAGAUGUCGCCCUCUUGAUCGCUCCUCCUCCUCCUCCUCCUCCUCCUCCCUCCUCCUCCUCCGAGAUUACCUUCUGCAGGACCUUCACCGUCGGCACCCUUAAGAAAGCAUCAUGUGGCAGCGACUGGAAAAGCUCUACAGCAAACGUGGCCGGAAACGAGGCUGCUUGUUGGAGGAGGUGGAACGCCAGCUGGUGGUUGCCCGCUGCCGUGGCCUCGCCUCUCCCUCGCUCAUAUCUCGCCACCGUUAUUGUCAUCCUACCUGUGUACCCCUGUGUCGCCUGUCCCAAAUGCAGGCGUCAGUGAACCAGCGGCGUCCUUUUCCUCAGUGCGCCUCUAAACAUUGUGGGAAAAGCGUACGUUGCAUCACCGUGCGUUCCAAACCUCUGCACUGCGUCGCAGACAAGGAUACACCCGUGGACAUCUUGGGAGGAGUCUGGGGACGUGGAUGUGGCAAUAACACUCGGAAAGACGACGAGAUGCGAAAGAUAAUUCGAGUAUCGGUUCCUACCAAUCCACGCACGCCAGUAUCUGUCCGACACGUGCAUUCAGAGAGAGAGGCACAUGGCGGCAGGAGAGAGAGUAGGUUGCGCGGGGGAAUGGCAAGAAGAGGACUGCUAUUCGACAAUGAUCCGAUGUGGGGACAGCCGUGGGAUUCCGUAGAGGCUUGUAACACCCCUGGAAGUACCGCAUCCCGCCGUAACACUUCGCCAAAAACCCCAACAAAAUCCCCAGCCAACACCCCAAUUAUCCUCCGCACACCCACUAACACACUAGUCAUUCUCAGCUCUCCUACCACCACCCCAAGCAAGCCAUACACCCCCACCAAGACCCGAGCCACCAAUAGCAGCCCAAAAAAUUCCCCGAUCAGUCCGUCAUUCAAGACGUUCAUACAGCAGGAGAUGGCAACCUUGCGGAACACCUCACCUCUUCAGGCCGUUUUAUCCAUGGGUUCCUUCUGGUCACCCCAUGCCUCCCGCGCCGCCCUGGACAGCUCCCCUGGAUUCCCAAAAGUCAGCUUGACGUCCACCACCUCCGCGGUAUCUCCGUGGAAGGGGGCGGGACCUGUUCCGUUCAGUCCCUCCCUGUUUAUCGUGCAGGCGGCGCUGCUGGCUGACGGGUCGCUGCGGACUGAUGGCUAUCGCUCACUUCACUGUUAUCGAGCCUCAAGUUCGCAUUGGGUCGCUGUACCUCACUACACUUCCAUAGAGCUCUGUCCUCUUCCUCAUCUUCAGCCUCCACUCAACCCUCUCUCUGUGAUCUUUGCAUUCCUCUCAUAUCUCCCUCGGCCUGCCUCCUCUUCCGUGCACUUCAUGUCUACAAAAUAUAAAUCGCUGUUCAGUCCAAAUAACAUGUUCAUCCUGUCUCUGCUGAUGACUGACUGACUGUCCACUGGCGGGUGAGAGAGAAGUGUUUGCGAUGAGUAGUCUGCAAAUGAGGAGAGUGAAGUGUCUAACCCACUCGCGAUCAGACAGACCGACGGACAGGAUAUAAAACUCAGUAGAGAUAUGAUAAUGUUGUUGUUUAAGCCAUUACAGGUGCAUAUCGAGCAAAACUUAGAUUUUUAAUGUUUUGUGUGAAAAUGUAUAAGCACUCAACAUUUUUCCCGGUAUUAUUAUUAUUAUUAUUAUUAUUAUUAUUAUUAUUAUUAUUAUUAUUAUUAUUUGAUUCAUUAUUUCAUUAUUAUGGUUAUCAUCGUCACUAUUUUUUUUAUUAAAAUACAUAUUAAACGUAUUCAUUUUUUUCAGAGAGAGAGAGAGAGAGAGAGAGAGAGAGAGAGAGACUUAAUAGCUAAAGCAAAGAUAUCAUUGCACAAUCACAACUUUUCUGACAGACCUUCAAACUCUUAUCUCUUCACGGAACUACUACACUUUAAAACGCCCACACACACACUCUCUCUCUCUCUCUCUCUCUCUCUCUCUCUCUCUCUCUCUCUCUCUCUCUCUCUCUCUCUCUCUCUCUCUCUGUGAAUUACACACCUAUUAAUUUCCUUAUUUUUACUGUGGUUGUAUUCAUUCAUUUAUAUUUGUUUUAUAUAUUUAUCUACUCA